AUGAGAGUACGUUUACAUACAGGUAACAAUAAACUUGUUCCUAAAUGGAAAAAAAAUGGUGCAAGUUCUUCAAAUCCAUCUCGAACAAAACACCGAGAUGCUGCAAAACUUCAACUGCUAUCAUCGCUAUCAACAUCACAACCACCAUUAGUUAAUAUUCAGCCAACAAAACUAGCUCAUGAUACAGAUCGAGUUUCUCAAUAUUCAAAAACAACUUUAGGGACAACAGCAACGAAUGCAUCAAUGAUUCAAGUCAAUGCACGAGUUAUUCAAACCUUAUUGGAACGUCAGCCAGCUAAAAAUGAUCAACACCAAAUAACCAUUUGGUUAGAUGGUAUUUGUCGGGCAUAUUGUUCGUUUCAUCGUUCCGAUCCUGUGACUUGUCUGACAUUCAUUUCAAAAUUAUUUGAAAUAUGUAUCAAUGAAUGUCUUCUUUCCGUUUACAAACGCGUACAAACAAAAGCUACAAACGUUCUCAAAACAAUAAUAAAAACCAUAUUGAAACCUCAGACGGAAACAUUACGUACAAAUCCAUUGUUAAAACAAUUAUUUAAAUAUGUUGAACAUGGUCUGACAUAUGCCUAUACUUUAUCAUGGAAUUGUGUCUUUCAUCUACUGGCUGAUAUGUUUGAAUUAAUGGGAAAAGAUUAUUUUGAAUUUUGUCAAAAUUGUCUCUCAUCCUUAUCUGGUUUACGUUCAACAAAAGAUUUUUCAUUUUUAGCAGAAUUAGAUUCAACAGUUGGCAAAGCUAUACGUAUAUUUGGACCAAAAAAGAUUUUACAAGUAAUUUCAUUGAAUUUAACCGGCACAAUCAAUGAUGCUCAAUUAGAGCAAUCAUGGUUAUUACCAUUAUUACGUGAUAAUAUAACACAUACAGAAUUAAAUCAUUUUGUUGGCUACUUUUUACCAGUUGCAUUUCAAUUACAAACAACAGCUGACAAUCUUCGUGAAAAAGGUGAUUUAACAAACUCAACAGUAUUAUCUACAUUACAAGAUCAAAUUUGGUCGUUAUUUCCUGGUUACUGUUCCUAUCCAACAGAUCUUUCAAUAAGUUUUAAAUUAGUUGCAAAGGGUAUUGGUACAUCAUUAACCAAACGACCAGAUUUAAGAUUACAUCUAUUGGCUGUUUUAAGAAAUCUCAUAUCAAAAACUAACAAUGAAUCGGAUCGAGAAGAAAUUGCAAAAUAUGCAAAAAAUUAUUUACCAUUAUUGUUUAACUUAUACACAAGUGAAAAAUGGAAUGCAUCGCGUGAUCCUGUACGACAGAGCGUCUUUGAAACAAUUAAACGUUAUUUAACAAUAACCGAUCAUGAGUUAUGUCAACAAUUUUUUGAUAAAUCUUUAGAAAAAAUGAAAAAUACUGAACUUGAUCAAACGACAUUAACUUAUUUGCUUGAUAUUGUUUUGGCUUUAGUACCAUAUUUGGAACAGAAGUGUUUAGAAACAUUGGAAGAGAAAUUGAAACAAUUAUUUUCAAUGAAAGAUGGAAGUUUGAAACGAAGUGCAAUGAAAAAAUCUUACCGAAUUUUAGAAGAAUUAUGUACACGACCGACAGCGGCUAUUCAACAAUUUAUUAAUGAAGAGCGUUCAAAUUUCUUAUUCGAACAUCUUCUUAAUUCAUUAACAAAAUCACAAUCAGCACUGAAAGGACCUCAACUUCGUUGCAUUUCAAGUUUACUUGAUAUGCCGAAUAAUCAAUCAAUGGCAAAAAUGAAACAAAUUAUUUCAAACGCUAUUCAAUGUCUGCAUGAAAUUAAUGGUCGAACAAGAUGCGAUGGCUAUUUAAUUAUUAUUAAAUGUGCACGUCUUUGGACAUCACUUAGUGAACAAUCAUUUAUCGAUUCAUUGACAGGAUUUUUUCAUUUUCUUAUGGCUGGUCUUGUUAGUCCGCAUUCACCAUCAAUGUCAUCAGCGACAUUACUUGCCAUAAGUCGGCUAUGUCUUGAAUUUCAAGAAAAUUUAGCUGGCACAAUCGUUGAUGAACUUAUAUCAACAUUGAUACUUGUUCUUCAAUCAAAAGAAAGACAAAUUAUUCAAGCAGCUUUAAGUUUCUGUCGUGUUUUACUUAUUAUUCUUAAUGAAACUGUUCUAUCGAAAUACAUUGAACAAUUGGCUAGUUCAUUAACGAUAAUGCGUGAAGAAAAUAAUUUUACAUUUCGUUCCAAACUCAAAUUAAUCUUACAAAAACUUGUUAGAAUAUUUGGGUUUGAUGCAUUGCGUGAUCUAUUUCCAGCUACUUUCCAUGCUCAAUUAUCUUACAUAAAUAAGAUGCAUGUUCGUAAAGAACGCCGUCGUAAAGGUACAUCAACUAUUGGUCGAAGUGUUAUAACAAAAGUUGAUGGUGAAGAUGAGUAUGUUGAUGACAAUGAAACAACAUUUACUGUUCGACCAAAACUUACUAUUGAUCAAUUACUUGAUGAUUCCGAUGAUGACGAACAAAAUCUGGACGGAAUGGAUGAUGCUCGAACAAUGGCAACAGCACGUACAACAGCUAGUACAAAACGACGACAACAAAAAGCAGCUUUGUGGAUAAAAGAAGGUCACGGUGAUGAUGAUCCAAUCGAUUUAACUGAACCAACAGCAGCAAGAAGUAUCUAUGCAACAAAACCAUUGACAAACCGAGAAACUGAAGCUAUGAAAACAGCUAUGAAAAAUAAAAGAAAGAACUCAGGUUUCCGUACAGCACCUGACGGUCGUAUUAUCAUUGAUGUUGAUGAUGACGAAAAUCAGCAAAAAGAUAUGAAUGAUGGAGACGACGAUGAUGAUGAUGAAGAUAUGAAUCGGGAAGAUUUGAAAGGUCUAAUGGAAACAUUAUCAUUAAGCCAACGAGCAAAAAAUAAACGUAAACGUACUUUCGAAGAUGAAGAUGCUGACGAUAAUGAUGAUUAUCAAAUUAAUGACAAGCAAAGUCAAAGUGUCCAUUCAAAAUAUCGAUCCGGUGGUGGUGGUAUUCAUCGAACACUGAAUCAACCACCUAAAACACAACAACGGCCUGGAGGAGUUUAUAAAGCUAAGCGUGGCGUGGGUGGUGAUAAAAAAAUAGCUAAUAAACAUGAUCCAUACGCGUAUAUUAAACUCGAUUUUAAUGCUCUGAAUAAAAGAAAACGAGGUAAAUUCAAAGGUCAAUUUGAACAGAUAGUUGGUGCAGCUAAACGAGGUGCAAAUCGUGGUGCUAAAUUAGGCGCCAAAGAACGAUACCAUAAGAAGAAUGUGAAGCGUUUGAAAAAAACAUAA